CAAUUUUAUAGCCUGGAAUCCUUCUCUGAAGGCAGAGCGGAGGAACGGAGCGGAGAUAAAGCGUUCACUGAUGGAUUCCAGGCUAGCAAUUUUACAGCAGUUCACUGUUGAUCUAAAGUAUGUUGAAGGUCGUCACUUCCCUCCACUUACUUUAGAAGGAGCCGGUCCCCUGGUCAGGAUAACGACUUCAGAGACUUCUUGUGAAUAGCCUGGAUGCCAGCCAUGUUAGGUCACGUCCUCUGCAGGGCUCGGAUAGCCACGAACUCCCCUGACAAUCACAGCAGACACGUUAUCCUAACCCGGGUGACAUCCAGCCUAUGCUUCUCGAGUUAACAACACGUUCGACAUUUGACAACAACGUUGGCUGUCCUCCUCACAACUAACUUGGCCGUGUGCCAUCCGCCUGCCUUGUCAUUUUGUAGGUGAUGAAACUCUCCUCCAAGCGAGCCGGCCUUGGCUAUCAUUUUAACAGCUGUUAGGUCAACAACACAUAACAGUCAUCAGUACCCAGGGCUCGAGAUCAAGUAACUUCCGUUCUUCAAUUAAAUCCAAGUAGGCCUUUAAUAAACCUCGGGCGGUGGCGUGUCGGAAACGGUGGCUUUUUGACACGACUUCGAUAAAGAGUUUUCCCCGCGGGUAGCCAUUUGUUCAGAAAACUACCCCUCAUUUGUACCGCGGAUCAAAUUUGACAAAUCGUCGCCGAUUUGAUAACAAUUUGCUAUUUAUAAUGCUAAUGUAUUCUAAUGUUUUGUUUGCGUCAGACUCAGACGAUUGGAAGCCGGGCUGGUGGAGACAAACCCGGGAGAGAGCGCCGGGCAGUGGGCACGGAGUAAUUCAAUCCAGACUUUUUUUCCUCGGGAGUCUACCACGGUGUUCUUGGCUGUUGGCGGCGGGGUAUCCAGAGGAGUGAGCUGUGUAACAUCGUUCCUGUGAGCGGCUGUGUCUCGGAGAACCACAGACCCAAGGCCAUGGUUAGAUCUGCCCGCAACUGGGCUGCGAACGAUGCACUUACCUACUUCGCUUUGCUCUUAUGGCUGGCUGCCAACGUGUUGGUGUUCCACCGCACCUUCACCGAGUACAUGUACGAACCCAGGUACUACUACCUACACGAGAUGCUGGGGCUGGGUCUGUGUGUGUCCCGCGCGUCCGCCUCCGUCCUCAACCUCAACUGUGGGCUCGUCCUGCUGCCCAUGUGUAGGACUGUGCUGGCUGUCAUCAGGGGCUCCACACAGUGUGUAGGACGGAAGGCACGACGGGUUCUGGACGGGAGUCGGAAGUUUCACAUGCUGUGCGGGGCAGCGAUAUGUGUGGCCGCCGGUAACCACACACACUCUGGGACAUUUCUACAACGCCCUGAACUUCUCGGAACAUUACAACGUCAAAUACCCAGGUGUCAAUGCUGCUGCGCACCCUAAACAGUAAAUUUUCCCUGCACAGUGCCCGGGCUGACCGGUGUUGCUAUGGUCCUGUUGCUGCUGCUCAUCGUAAGCACGUCGUCCAUGGCCAUCCGCACCGGCAACUACGAGCUGUUCUGGUACACGCACCACCUCUUCCUCAUCCUAUACUGCCUCAUGCUGCUGCAUCCCAUGCGCGGAGUAUUGAAAGAGCAGCUGAACUUGGAGGAACACCCGCCUGGAUGCCACAUGCUCAUGGACAAUGGAGAGUCGAAUGACACCCUGAACUUGACUUCGGAACCUGAACCUGAACCGGAGCCGUACCUGGGACCGAUGGCUUAUCCAGAACCGGAGGCGGAACCUCUUCCUGAAGGAAGUACGGAUGAAUUUGGACGGAGAGUCACGUGUAAAGGGCCUCCCACCUUUGACACCCAUGCGGUCGAGGUGUGGGUGUGGCUGGUGGGUCCGUUUUGUCUGUACUGUGCUGAGAGAGUGUACCGUCUGGUACGGAGUAACACCCCAGCGGCCGUCCACAGGAUCAUAGAACACCCUAACGACGUAGUGGAACUACAGCUGACCAAGGACGGCUUCACGGCCAAACCAGGGCAGUACGUGGUCGUUAACUGCCCGGACGUGUCAACUCUGGAGUACCAUCCUUUCACACUUACAAUGGUAAUGAAGGUUCUCCUUUCCUGUCUUGCAUCUAGUGUCCCUCCUCAACAGAUCCAACUUUCAGUAUCCACCUACAGAAAAUGGGGGAUUGGACAGAAUCCCUGUAUGAACGUCUACUACCUGAUCCAGACGAAACAGACGAGAGUUUACCAACUGUACAUAGACGGUCCGUUCGGCAGUCCCAGUGAAAACGUCUUCCACUAUGACGUGAGUCUGUGCAUAGCUGGCGGAAUCGGCAUCACGCCUUUUGCCUCAGUGCUCAACCAUCUACUAAACGAAGGCACGACGUCUACGAGACUGAGACGGCUGUACCUGAUCUGGGUGUGUAAAAACAUCACGUCGUUCCUGUGGAUCGCGCAAGUCCUCUCCUCGUUACAGCGGCAGGCAUGGAACGAAAACAGGCCAGAUUUCCUGAAUAUCUACCUGCACUUAACCAGAAGCAGAGAUGUACAGAUAAUGGAGAGAGAAUACCCAUUCCUGAACAGCCGCUUACACGUGGGGCGACCACAGUGGAGACAUAUCUUCGACGAGGUGGCCAGAUAUAACCCAAGCACAACAGUAGGAGUGUUUCUAUGCGGGCCUAAGGGAAUGUCCAAAGGCAUCAAAAGGAUAUGUCUGAAGAAGAACAAGUUCCACACGAAGUUCGAAUUUCACAAGGAGAACUUUUGACGACAAGUAUCGAUGUUGCCAAUCUUUCUCUGAAGACAUGUUGAACAUUGUUGUUAUUUUAUCUUUACAUUACCACACACGGGCUCUGAUGUCAGAGUGACAGAAAUUUUUGAUAGAUAUUGAGCUGGUCUCAAUCACGUAACACAUGAUC